GCUCGCGGUCCGACCACGCGUGAACGAAAUAAAAUAACUAACCAAUUAAACGUUUUAUAAAUAAAGUUAAGUGUUUAUCGAUAUACAACGUAAUUAUAUACCUAUUAAUUAUUUAAUAGUUUAAGUUCGUAGUGUGAAGUCGUUUCGUUAGCACAUGUCAAAGUUUGGCGGGAAAUUUGAUCAGUCGCCAUUAUGCAGUGACAGUGUAGUGAUGUGAAUUUUUUAUCGGAUUUUUUUUUCUGUUUUAUGUUUACGGUUAUCAUUUUUAUCGGACUUUUUUUAGUUUUUGUUUUUAUUAUUAAGUUUUUUGGGAACGGUGAAGAUUCGGAUCAAAAGAUGUCUGAACAGCAGGACCAAGCCCGCUGUUCGUCAAGUGAGAGCGACAAUUUCGAGAAAAUCGAUUCCGAAGAGGCAAGAGAAAAUGGCGGUGCCGCCAACUUCGUAGUCGGUGAAGAAGAACAAGAACAUCCUGAUGACGCACCAGCUCACGAGGGUCGGGACUCCUUCCCGAACGCCCCUCGGCCGAACAGACCGCGGCCAUUGACGGUGGCGCAGCAGCUCGCUCUAGCGGAGAAACGGAGCACUCUCAGGCCGUCUAUGUCCCAGGGUACGGUCAUCCAUAGCCAGCGUUUCCAAGAGAAGGACUUCACGGUUGCAACUCCUGAGGAGUUUGUGAGACGGUUCCAGGGCACCAAGCCUAUUAAUAAGGUUUUGAUCGCUAACAACGGUAUUGGUGCAGUGAAAUGCAUGAGAUCAAUCAGAAGAUGGUCCUACGAGAUGUUCAAGAACGAACGGGCUGUCAGAUUUGUUGUCAUGGUGACUCCCGAGGAUCUGAAGGCUAACGCGGAGUAUAUCAAGAUGGCCGACCACUAUGUCCCCGUGCCCGGGGGGUCUAAUAAUAACAACUAUGCUAACGUCGAGCUCAUCGUCGACAUUGCGAUUAGGACUCAAGUUCAGGCUGUAUGGGCAGGUUGGGGUCACGCUUCCGAGAACCCCAAGCUCCCCGAACUGCUCCACCGUGCGGGGGUCGUGUUCAUUGGACCCCCUGAGAAAGCUAUGUGGGCUCUAGGAGACAAGAUUGCUUCGUCCAUCGUUGCUCAAACUGCUGAGAUACCUACUUUACCAUGGAGUGGCAGUGAACUGAAGGCGGAGUACAACAGUAAGAAGAUAAAGAUAUCUUCCGAGCUCUUCGCUAGGGGUUGUGUCACCACUCCUGAACAGGGUCUGCAAGCCGCCCAGAAGAUUGGUUUCCCGGUGAUGAUCAAGGCUUCAGAAGGUGGUGGUGGCAAAGGUAUCAGGAAAGUGGACAAUCCUGAUGAUUUCAACAGCAUGUUUAGACAGGUGCAAGCGGAAGUACCCGGGUCGCCAAUUUUCGUGAUGAAGCUCGCGAAGUCAGCUCGUCACUUGGAAGUACAACUCUUGGCUGAUCAGUAUGGUGAGUCGGUAACGCGAUCUCUAUUCGGUCGUGACUGCUCUAUUCAGCGUCGUCAUCAGAAGAUCAUUGAAGAGGCUCCGGCAGCUAUUGCUAAACCUGAUGUCUUUAUUGAGAUGGAAAAGGCUGCGGUCCGUCUAGCUAAAAUGGUGGGCUACGUCUCAGCAGGUACGGUGGAAUACCUGUACGAGCCCGCGACAGGCGCCUAUUACUUCCUGGAGCUGAACCCUCGGCUGCAGGUGGAACAUCCCUGCACUGAGAUGGUGGCUGACGUCAACCUGCCCGCUGCGCAGUUGCAGAUCGCCAUGGGUCUCCCACUAUACCACAUAAAAGACAUCCGCCUCCUAUACGGAGAGUCGCCGUGGGGUCUGUCUCAGAUAGAGUUCGACGAGCCCAAGCAGCGCCCGUCCCCGUGGGGUCAUGUCAUCGCUGCUAGGAUCACUUCUGAGAACCCUGAUGAAGGAUUCAAGCCAUCUUCAGGAACAGUCCAGGAGCUGAACUUCAGGUCUUCGAAGAACGUGUGGGGCUACUUCAGCGUGGCAGCAUCAGGUGGUCUGCACGAGUUCGCUGACUCACAGUUCGGUCACUGCUUCUCUUGGGGCGAGACCAGGGAGCAGGCUAGAGAAAACUUGGUGAUAGCUCUCAAAGAGCUGAGCAUCCGAGGUGACUUCCGUACCACCGUGGAAUACCUGAUCACACUCCUGGAGACUGGAGCCUUCCAGAACAAUGACAUCGACACCGCCUGGCUGGACGCGCUUAUUGCUGAGAGGAUGCAAUCAGAGAAGCCGGAUAUAAUGCUGGGAGUGAUCUGUGGGUCUAUCCUCAUUGCUGACGCGUACAUCACCGCCAACUUCCAAGAGUUCAAGAGUGCACUUGAGAAGGGUCAAAUCCAAGGUUCCAGCGCUUUAUCCAACUGCGUAGAAGUGGAGCUGAUCCACUCAGGGUCCAAAUAUAAGGUGUCGGCCACCAAGUCCGGCCCGACUUCCUACUUCCUCGCUAUGAACGGCAGCUUCAAGGAGAUGGAGGUGCACAAGCUUACUGAUGGCGGCAUGCUACUCUCAAUCGACGGAGCUUCCUACACAACCUAUCUUCGUGAUGAAGUAGACAAAUACAGAAUUGUCAUCGGAAACCAAACGGUUGUCUUUGAGAAAGAGAAAGAUCCUUCAAAGUUACGAGCGCCAUCUGCCGGCAAACUGAUCAAUACUCUCGUUGAAGAUGGCGGCCAUGUCGAUAAGGGACAACCUUACGCUGAAAUUGAGGUCAUGAAGAUGGUGAUGACACUAGCUGCACCGGAAUCCGGCAAGGUGACGUGGAUCCUUCGCUCUGGAGCCGUGCUAGAUAUGGGUGCUAUGAUCGGUACUCUGGAACUAGACGACCCGUCUCUGGUGACCACCGCCGUACCGUACAAGGGUCAGUUCCCGAUCGAGGACAAUCAGAACCUGUCGGAGAAGCUCAACCAUGCGCACAACAAGUAUAGAGCUGUGCUCGAGAAUACUUUACAAGGUUACUGCCUCCCAGAGCCAUACAAUACUCCUCGUCUCCGUGAAGUAGUGGAGAAAUUCAUGCAGAGUCUACGCGAUCCGUCACUGCCUUUGUUGGAGCUGCAAGAGGUCCUAUCAUCAACCUCCGGCCGUAUACCCAUAGCAGUAGAGAAGAAAGUUCGCAAACUAAUGGCGUUAUACGAGAGAAACAUCACCAGUGUGCUAGCGCAGUUCCCUAGCCAACAGAUAGCUAGUGUUAUCGACCACCACGCAGCAUCUCUAGCUAAGAGAGCAGACCGAGAUGUGUUCUUCAUGAGCACUCAAGCACUCGUUGUUUUGGUGCAGAGAUAUAGGAAUGGCAUUCGCGGUAGAAUGAAGGCAGCUGUGCACGACCUACUCAAGCAGUACUACCAAGUAGAGAGCAACUUCCAACUCGGUUCGUACGACAAAUGCGUGGUGGCUCUAAGAGAUCGUCAUAAGGAUGAUAUGCAAGCGGUGUCUAAUAUUAUAUUCUCACACAACCAAGUGGCUAAGAAGAAUUUGUUGGUAACCCUUCUUAUCGAUCACCUUUGGUCGAACGAGCCGGGUCUCACGGAUGAAUUGGCGACUACCCUCAAUGAGUUGACUUCUCUACAUAGAGCCGAACACAGCCGAGUCGCUUUGAGAGCUAGACAGGUGUUAAUCGCAGCUCACCAACCAGCCUACGAGUUACGUCACAACCAAAUGGAGUCCAUAUUCUUAUCAGCAGUCGACAUGUACGGACACGACUUCCACCCAGAGAAUCUACAGAAGCUGAUACUCUCGGAGACUUCCAUCUUCGAUAUUCUGCACGACUUCUUCUAUCACACUAAUGCGGCGGUAUGCAACGCAGCUCUAGAAGUGUACGUCCGUCGUGCGUACACGUCGUACGACAUCACUUGCCUCCAACACCUGGCUUUGUCCGGAGAGCUGGGCGUUGUGCACUUCCAAUUCAUACUGCCUACUGGACAUCCUAAUAGGAUCCCAAUCAGCCAAUCAGAGAUCGAGCUAGCCUCCGCCUCAGAUCAGGAAGGCAUACCAGCAGAACUUUGCACGGCAGCGAUGCGCAAAUGCCACCACCGCACCGGCGCCCUCGCCGCCUUCGAGAGCUUCGACCAGUUCGUGCAGUACUCCGACGAACUGCUGGACUUGGUGCACGACUUCGCCAGCUCCGCCACUGUCCGGAGAGAGGACUUGGCAGCGUUGCAGGAAGGCAGCGAGAGCAGGGAUAGCACCAGCAUCAACGUGGGCAGCGACUUCAAGCCUGCUGAUGCUGAUAAUGAGGCCCCCCUAGAACCGAUCCACAUCCUUAUGAUCGGUGUCCGCGACUCUGGCGAGUCGGACGACAGCGCGGUGUCGCGUCGCUUCGGCAACUUCUGUCGCGCGCACCGACACGAGCUGCAUCAGAAGCGAGUGCGGCGCAUCACCUUCAUGCUGCUUAUCAAACGCCAAUUCCCCAAGUUCUUCACGUUCCGUGCCCGCAACGACUUCACUGAAGACACGAUCUACCGUCACUUGGAGCCAGCGUCGGCCUUCCAACUGGAGCUGUACCGCAUGAGGAGUUACGAGCUCGAAGCCUUGCCUACUAGCAACCAGAAGAUGCACCUGUAUCUCGGGAAGGCUAAGGUGAAGAAGGGUCAAGAGGUGACCGACUACCGGUUCUUCAUCCGCUCCAUCAUCAGACAUCAAGAUCUCAUCACUAAGGAAGCCAGUUUCGAGUACCUGCAGAAUGAGGGAGAAAGGGUACUUUUAGAAGCUAUGGAUGAGUUAGAGGUGGCCUUCUCCCACCCUCUCGCUAAGAGGACGGAUUGUAACCACAUCUUCCUCAAUUUCGGACCCACAGUCAUUAUGGAUCCUGCUAAGAUUGAAGAAUCAGUCCUUGGUAUGGUGAUGCGCUACGGUCCUCGUCUAUGGAAACUCAGGGUAUUACAAGCCGAGAUCAGAUUCACUCUGCGGAUUGGUCCCGGAGCUCCCACAAAGAACGUUCGUCUCUGCUUAUCAAACGGUUCCGGCUACUCCCUAGACAUCUACACAUAUGAAGAGGUUUCAGAUCCUAAGAUCGGUGUGAUAAUGUUCCAAUCCUUCGGACCCCGACAAGGACCGAUGCACGGCCUACCAAUCUCAACGCCGUACGUCACCAAGGAUUAUCUGCAGCAGAAGAGGUUCUUGGCGACCUCACAAGGCACAACAUACGUAUACGAUAUCCCCGAUAUGUUCAGACAAAUGGUCGAGAGGAGAUGGCGCGAGUGUAUCGAAGAGGGCAGCGUUGAUGGACCACCACCAGACAAUGUGAUGACAUCAGUGGAGCUGGUUGUGGAAGCUGAUGGUGAGAGAAGAGUUGUGGAAGUCACCAGACUGCCAGGACAGAAUAAUGUCGGCAUGGUAGCAUGGCGUUUAACCCUGUUCACGCCGGAAUGUCCCGACGGUCGUGACAUUAUACUCAUAGCGAACGACCUGACCUACUACAUGGGGUCGUUUGGACCCCAAGAAGAUUGGGUGUACUAUAAGGCUUCGGUGUACGCUAGAGAGUUGAAGAUACCUAGGGUAUACAUAAGCGUAAACUCCGGCGCUCGUAUCGGAGUGGCCGAGGAGGUCAAAUCCGAAUUCAACGUCGCCUGGCUAGACUCCGAGAGACCCGACAGGGGGUUCAAGUAUCUCUACUUGACCCCCGAGUCGUACUCUAAGCUGGGACCCCUGGGGUCUGUGAAAACUACGCUCAUUGAAGAUGAGGGGGAGUCGAGAUAUAAGAUCACUGAUAUUAUUGGCAAAGAAGACGGUCUAGGCGUAGAAUGUCUUCGCGACGCUGGUCUUAUAGCUGGCGAGACUGCGCAGGCGUACGAAGAUAUAGUCACCAUAUCUAUAGUUACCUGCCGAGCUAUCGGUAUCGGCUCUUAUGUUGUCAGAUUAGGCCACCGCGUCAUCCAAGUAGAAUCUUCGUACAUUAUUCUAACCGGCUACGCGGCCCUCAACAAAGUGUUGGGCCGCGCAGUGUACGCGAGCAACAACCAGCUAGGGGGUCAACAGGUCAUGCACCAUAACGGGGUCUCGCAUGCUGUGGCCCCCACGGAUUUGGAGGCUGUGAGGACCGCGUUGAGAUGGCUGUCGUUUGUGCCUAAGGACAAACUAAGCAUGGUCCCCAUAAUGCGUCCAUCAGACCCCAUCGACCGACCAGUCGAGUGGGCCCCCCCCCGCGCAGCACAUGACCCGCGCCUCAUGCUAGCGGGGGACGCGGCGAGGGCGGGCUUCUUCGACGUCGGCAGCUGGGAUGAGAUCAUGCAGCCUUGGGCUCAGACUGUCAUUACAGGUCGUGCCCGUCUGGGUGGUAUCCCGGUAGGAGUGGUAGCCGUGGAGACCAGGACUGUGGAGCUGACUCUACCCGCCGACCCGGCCAACCUGGACUCCGAGGCCAAGACCUUGCAGCAGGCUGGACAGGUGUGGUUCCCCGACUCGGCUUACAAAACGGCUCAAGCCAUCAACGAUUUCUCUCGUGAAAACCUACCCAUCAUCAUCUUUGCCAAUUGGAGAGGUUUCAGUGGUGGACAGAAAGACAUGUACGAACAAAUCCUGAAAUUCGGUGCUGAAAUCGUACGUGCAUUACGAGGGGCUACAGCCCCCGUCCUAGUAUACAUCCCGCCCGGCGCCGAGCUGCGAGGCGGCGCCUGGGCCGUCGUGGAUCCUUCCGUCAACUCGCUCAGGAUGGAGAUGUAUGCUGAUCCUGACGCCAGAGGCGGUGUGUUAGAAGCAGAGGCUAUAGUUGAGGUGAAGUUCAAGCAGCGGGAUAUCCUCAAAACCAUGCACCGUUUGGACCCUGAACUACAGAGGAUUGGCGCUAGGAUCUCAGAAUUGAAGGAACAAAUUAAGGAGAUAUCAAAGAGUUUGGACAGAAGAGGUUCUAUUGAUGAGAGUCUCAUCAGAACGGAUACAGGCAGGGCAGCUGAAACUCGUGUACGCGAAUUAGAAACAGAACUACUGGCAGCAGAGAAGACAUCGAAAGCGCGCGAAAAGGAACUGAGCCCUAUCUAUCACCAGAUCGCGGUACAAUUCGCGGAACUACACGACACUGCAGAGAGGAUGUUAGAGAAAGGAUGCAUAUUUGACAUAGUCCCCUGGCGUUCAUCUCGCAAACAGCUAUACUGGAGACUGCGACGUCUUCUACGACAGAACGAGCAAGAGAGGCGAGUGCAGGCCGCGGCCCGGCCGGGGCCCGCCAUGCAGCAGGGGCCCGCCGCCGCCACGCUGCGCAGGUGGUUCACUGAAGACCGUGGCGAGACACAGUCCCACCAAUGGGAGCACGACAACGAGGCGGUGUGCCGCUGGCUUGAGGCUCAAGCCGGUGACGACAACUCCGUGCUGGAGAGGAACCUUCGAGCCAUACACCAGGAUGCCUUGCUGCAGGCUGUCAAUGAUCUAGUGCUGGAACUCACACCGUCUCAACGGUCGGAAUUCAUCAGAAAACUGUCCGCUUUAGAAAUGGAGCAAUAGAUAAAUAUCGAAUAGGUAAUAUUUUAAUUAACUAGAACGAACAAAUUUACUAGGGUACAUAUAUUUAUUUGUUGGGGCUUCUAGAUGCGAAUAAGUCUGUAUAAAUAUUUAGAAAAAGAAGGAAAAAAUAUUUCUAGAAAUCUUAUUUUUUUCAUAUAAUAUAAAUAGCUGAAGUUCUCAGUUUGCAAUGCAUUAAAAAAAUAACCUAGAACCUCCUUUUUUGUAGUAGGCUAUGAUUUAAAUAUAUGUUAUUUCAUAUUUUUGUAACAACUCCACUUAACUAUAUAUGAAUUAUAAAAAUACAAAAAAAUAAGAUUUCCCGAAAUGUCUCUUUUCUUUUUGCAAAAUUUCAACUAGGCCUAUAUUUAGGAAAAAAUAAAUAGUUUUGCAAUUUUAAUAUUUAUAACAGACUCGAGUGUGUUAAGUUCAGAUUUUAUUACAAUUAAGUUUCACAGCCAUACGAAAUAAGUAAAAAAAUAAACUUUAGUUUUAAUAAUAAUAAUAAAAAAACUAUCUUACAUCCAAAAAUCUAUCUCUUAGUCUUCCAUUUUUUAAUUAAUUUAAAACUGCCACAAAAAAUCUGCCCAUUUUGAUACAUUUUAAAAGUCUUCAGUAUUAGAUAUAAAAAAAUCUCAAACUACAUUAUCUCAAUACGAAAUGUAGAUACAUAUCUCUUUUCUAAAGAUCUUUUAGAAAAUAUUUUCAACUCCAAUAUAAGUAGAUUUUUUCAUCCUUACCCCGACUUUACACUCGUAAGUCGCUUUCGGUGAAAAUUAUGUAAGUAGCUUCCGUAAGUUGUAUAGUUAUCGGCACGAAUCUUGCGCUCUGACCUUCACCUGCGCAGAAGUAAUUUAUUGGGUCCCUUUUGUGGUAUGAAGUGAGGCGCGGGGGCUAAAGCGGUGAUUGGCCCGCAGUGCAUCGCGUCAUAGCCGUCACUCGGGAUUGGUUCUUUGCUAAUAAAUUACUUCUGCGCAGAUGUAGGUCAGAGCUCAAGAUUCGUGCCGAUAACUAUAACAAGUUCUAAGAAAUUACUGUAAACGACUUACGAAAAAUUAUCGUAAAUUAUUUAAGUAAGCUACUUUCGUGAAAGAAACUUUGUAAGUGUAAAGAUGGUUUUAGUCAAUAAAAAUACCAACGCAAUUUUGUCUGUAAAAGUUAGUUCAAAGAACAUACGCUAGUUUUUAUUCCGUUAAGUGCUAUAAUCUUCGCGAGUGAAACUGCGGUAAUAGCUAGUUUUUUCCAACAAAUAUAGUUAUCGGCACGAAUCUUGAGCUCUGACCUUCACCUGCGCAGAAGUAAUUUAUUGGGUCCCUUUUGUGGUAUGAAGUGAGGCGCGGGGGCGUUGUAAAGCGGUGAUUGGCCCGCAGUGCUUCGCGUCAUAGCCAUCACUCGGGAUUGGUUCUUUGCUAAUAAAUCACUUCUGCGCAGAUGUAGGUCAGAGCUUAAGAUUCGUGCCGAUAACUAUACUACCUACAUUUGUCUGGCUGUGAAACUCUGAUAACAUGACAUUUUGUAUGGAUACCUGUUUUUUUAUUUAUUUAGAAAAACACCUUUUAUAGUUACCUCUUGGUAAGUCAAGAAUUUUGGUUCAAAUACGUUUUGCCUUUUGACCGCUGCCGUUUUAGCCAAUUGACUUUAGAUGGCUUGGUAAAAGAACGUUGAUUUUUAAAGUAGAAUAUAAAUAAGAGAAAGAAUAUAUAAGCUUUGCUUAAUUUUUGAAUGUUAAAAAAAAACUUAAUUUAAAACUUUGUAGUAAUUUACAAAAAAAGGAUAGUAUUUUUUCUAUCUUUAUAAGCCAUAAUAAAAAUACUCUUACUAAGUACUGUAUAAUAGACGAAGCGACACAAACUUCAAAUGUCUAAUUUCUUUUUUGAAAUUAUGAAUUUGGAAUAAAAUUGCACCCUGUAGCUUAGCGGUCAAAAAGUUAAACUCCAUGUAUAAAAGUAUACAUACAAAGCAUGUAAAAUUGUAUACAUAGUGUGUUAUUGAAGUUGCGAAUGUAAUAAAUAUAUAAAAUUACAUUUAUUCAGCUAUUGAGGCAUUUGUUUUUUAUAUUGGCUGUGUAAAACCGACUUUAUAAUUGUAAGUUGCCUCGGUAAAAACCCGUAAGUGACUUACAUCCACUUGGUCUGACGCCAGUCUAACCAAGGGGUAUCGGGUUGCCCGGGUAACUGCGUUGAGGAGGUCUGAUAGGCAGUCGCUCCUUGUAAAACACUGGUACUCAGCUUAGUCCGGUUAGACUGGAAGCCGACCCCAACAUAGUUGGGAAAAGGCUCGGGAGAUGAUGACUUACAAGUGUAAGGCCGGCCUUAAGUAAGUUUGGGAAAUAUCAGAUAAAAUGAAUUACUGCAAUAAAAUAAGAUCUGAAUAAAAAAAUAUAAUUUAUGACUAUAAUGUGCCCGGGUAGCUGGGUUGAGGAGAUCAAAUAGGCAGUCGCUCCUUGUAAAACACUGGUACUCAGUUGCAUCCGGUUAGACUGGAAGCCGACCCCAACAUAGUUGGGAAAAGGCGCGGGAGAUUGUAAUGGUCAUAGAAAAAUGACAAAUUACUUUUUAUAUUUAAUUCUGAUAUUUCUCAAACCACGAAAAUAAUCAUGUUUUAGAAGCAAUAUCUAACUGUAUCGUGUUUGUUUUGUUUUUAUAUAAAAAUGUGUGAAACCUGCAAUAUGUACAAAAAGUACAAUAUAAAUACAUUCCUUAUGAUUUGUUGUGUAAUUUUAUGUUUUCUUUUUCUCUGUAAUUUGUAGUUGGAACUCCAUUAUUUUGAAAAAAAAACUAGCAUGCGAAGAAGUUUUGUGAAUACUGUCUUUUUACAGAGAAAAGUAGGUACAUAUUAUUAAAAUAUCCUUGUACCUUUUUGUCGUUUAUCACAUCAAUUAAAACUUUAACUACCCUAUUAUAAAAUUCAGUCUUAAAAAGUACCGUGUUUAGUACUAGGUUUAGACCAUUAACUUUGUUCGAGACGAUGGUUUAUACAUACCGUACUAAAAGUGGUAUUUUGUAAGACCAUGUUUUACCAUAAUUUGGAUGAAGAUUUUAAGUAAAAGAGACAGUUAUUGAAAAAAUACUUUAUAAGGAUUUGUGACCAAUGGAGUUUCACCUACAGAUUUUUUGUUUGUUGCAACACUUGAUAAGCUAAAAGCCACAGUUUGAGUAAAUAGUGUGAUUAAUUAUGAAAUCAUUCGUAAACGCGUUAUUUAUUAUUUAAUGUUAUUUACGUUUAAAUGGGACCAAAUAAAUAAAUGGUGUAUAAUUUA